GCUCCAGGAAGCCAAAGUUGGGCUGUUCACAGAAGACAUGAGAAAAACACCUCUCUUAUUUGUGACUUAGUGCAAACCAUUUUUAAUCUCCUUUACUUCACAGUUGGAUUGCAGCAGAUAUCAACAAGUUAAACAAGGCCCAAUACCCUGCACUCUGCAAUAUGAUCCGCACUGUGGAACUGAUGGCAAGACUUACGGCAAUGAAUGUCACCUGUGUUCCGAAAUCCUCCUUUCUUUGUAGAAAUGGAGCUGAUAUAGGUCUGGCUUUUAAAGGAGAAUGUGUUGACUGUAGUAAGUACCCACCACCAAAAAAGGGCUCGGAGGCAGCCUGCCCCAAAAUAUAUGCACCUCUGUGUGGCACUGAUGGUGAGACUUAUGGCAAUCUAUGCCUCUUGUGUGCAAAAAUCCGGAAAACCGGAAAACAAAUUGGGAUACGUAAACAAGGGGAAUGCAAGGAACAGGUUCCACAGCAGAAGAGCUAGGACUAAGCGUAAUGGAUGAGACCAAAACAGCAAGGAAUUAUCUGUAAUAUAUUUGGCUUAAUUUGUGUGUCCAAAUAUCUCGAUUCCAAGUAUCUGCUGUUUUGCUCCAAUAAAAUAAAUGAAAGCUUA